AGAGUGCCAAGAUCGAUACUCACAUAUUCAGUCAAAAACAGAAUUAGUAAGGAAAUAAAAUCACUAAAAGAGAUGAAAAAUAACAAUAGGAAAGAACUAAAUAAAUUACUUCAACAUUUAGUAAUAGACAAUACAUCUCGUGCACAU